ACUCGUUUAGAUACUACUAAUACUACUAAUACUACUAACACUACUGGUUAUUAACUAUUAUCCAAUUGAUCUGGGAUGUACUAUUCUGAACAAAUAGGACUUCCGAGGACCGACCCCAGGCGGUGGAGACUUCGAACGGACUCAGUAGGCCGAGAGACUUGGCACUAUUUAGACAAUAAUGAAGAAUUAGCUAAUGAACCUCAAACCAGUUAUGUACAAUAUCUUUUAGAAGUUGAUGAAUUCCCCAGUCCAGCAGCUAGUGAGGCUCAAAGUCCAUUUGAAGCAGCUAAGAAAGGUGCUGAGUUUUUAGAAUUAUUACAAGAUGAAAAUAGUGGGAUAUUCCCCUGUCAAUAUAAGGGACCUAUGUUUAUGACUAUUGGAUAUAUUACAGCACAUUAUUUUAGUAAGAUAGAGAUUCCUUUACCGUAUAGACAAGAAAUGAUUCGUUAUAUAGUUAAUACAUCCCAUCCAGUAGAUGGAGGUUGGGGGUUACAUUCUAUUGAUAAAUCAACUUGUUUUGGAACUACUAUGAAUUAUAUAUGUCUUCGAUUAUUAGGACUUGAAGCUAAUCAUCCUGUAUGUAUAAAGGCAAGAAGAACAUUACAUAGAUUAGGUGGAGCUAUAAAGAAUCCUCAUUGGGGGAAAUCUUGGUUAGCUAUUCUUAAUCUUUAUGAUUGGGAUGGAGUAAAUCCUGCUCCACCUGAAUUAUGGACUUUACCAUAUAAUAUCCCCAUUCAUCCAGGAAGAUGGUGGGUUCAUACAAGAGCAAUAUAUUUACCAUUAGGUUAUCUACUGGCCAAUAGAGUUCAUUGUCAAUUGGAUCCAUUAUUAAAAGAAAUCAGACAAGAAAUCUAUUUAACUUCACAAUUACCUUAUGAACUGAUCCAAUUCACUAAUCAUAGAAAUAAUGUAUGUGGAGUAGAUUUAUAUUAUCCUCAUACCAAAUUGUUAGAUGUUGCUAAUUGGGCAUUAUCCAAAUGGGAGAAAAUACGGCCACAAUUCAUCUUGAAUUGGACCAAUGACAAGAUCUAUGAAUUAGUAUUAAAAGAAUAUAAAAAUACAGACUACUUAUGUAUUGCUCCAGUUAAUUUUGCAUUCAAUGUCGUUGUAACUGCACAUCGUGAAGGUACAAAAUCUCAUACAUUUCUGAAAUUACAGGAUAGAAUGAAUGAUGUUUUAUUUCAUGGACCUCAAGGUAUGACUGUUAUGGGAACCAAUGGAGUUCAAGUAUGGGAUGCUGCAUUUAUGAUUCAGUACUUCUUUGUCUCUGGUCUCGCCGAUAUACCUCGUUAUCAGCCCAUGAUUCGCAAAAGUUAUUUAUUCUUAACUCGUUCACAAUUCACUGAUGAAUGUAUGGAUGGUAGUUAUCGUGAUAAAAGAAAGGGUGGAUGGCCGUUCAGUACCAAAGAUCAAGGUUAUACUGUAAGUGAUUGUACAGCCGAAGCAUUAAAGGCUAUCAUUAUGGUUAGAUCACAUCCGGACUUUGCUGAUGUUAAAGAUGCAAUAAGUGAUAAGGAUUUAUAUAAUGGAGUAGAUGUAUUACUUCAAAUUCAGAAUGUUGCAAAUUUUGAAUUUGGGUCAUUUUCAGCUUAUGAAGGAAUACGUUCAACUCCAUUACUUGAAAAAUUAAAUCCUGCUGAAGUAUUUAAUAAUAUUAUGGUUGAAUAUCCCUAUGUUGAAUGUACGGAUUCUUCUGUAUUAGGAUUAACAUAUUUUGCUAAAUAUUAUCCAGGAUAUAAGACAGAGAUAAUUCAACAGGCAAUUGAAAAUGCUAUUAAAUAUAUUAUUAGUGCGCAACUGAAGGAUGGUUCAUGGUAUGGAUCAUGGGGGAUAUGUUAUACUUAUGCUGCCAUGUUUGCUAUGGAAGCUUUAAAUACUGUUGAAUUAAAUUAUAAUAAUCUGGCAACUGUUAAAAGAGGAUGUGAUUUUCUUAUUUCUAAGCAGUUACCAGAUGGUGGAUGGUCAGAGAGUAUGAAAGCAUGUGAGACACAUACAUAUAUUAAUACUGAACAAUCAUUAUUAGUUCAAACUUCAUGGGCAGUAAUCGGACUUUUACUUGCAGGAUAUCCUGAUCAAGAGCCAAUUAAACGUGGAAUUCAAUUGAUUAUGAAGAGACAAUUAUCUACGGGAGAAUGGAAGUUCGAAGAUAUUGAGGGUGUAUUUAAUCACAGUUGUGCCAUUGAAUAUGCAUCUUACAAAUUCCUAUUCGCUAUAAAGGCUUUAGGAUUAUACAAAAAUAAGUAUGGAGAUACAAAAUUAUUGUAGGAGUACACUGUUCCGCUAAGAUCUUAAAUAAUAGAGCGCAAAGGAAAAGAAUAUUAAUAUAUGCUCAUAUUUCACGCAUAUGCACAAUGAUGACAGUUGUAAAUCAUGUAGACUUUGACUAGAAUAACUGCAGUAGCUAUACUGAGGCAAAGUAAUUGCUCUUCAGCCUGCCAUAACCACAUUGUCCUCAUUAUAUUUUUUUGUCUGACAGUUAAUGUCUGUUGUCGCCGAUGUAUGCGAAUUUCAGAAAAAGCGCAAAAGUCCUCUUCUACCCCGAAAGGAUCGGUGGAAGGUACGACCGAGAAACGACAACUGCAGAGGAACGAAAAACAUGAGGAUGAUCGUGUCCGCACAAAGUCAAACAACAUUUCUCGUCUUUUCGCAGUCUUUGUUCGUUAACUAUCAAGUUAACAACCUAACUAAAUGACUACACUAAUUUAAAGUUUUAGAUAAAUAUAUUAUUA